AUAAAAGGGGUGUGUGGUUUAAAAGGAGCGGCAGACUUUGAGUAAGACACUCCUCGCUGCAGAGUUGUCCAGUUCACCCCUCACAGCCACCAUGACCUUCAACGGCAACUGGAAAGUUGAUCGCAAUGAGAACUAUGAGAAGUUCAUGGAAAAAAUGGGAAUUAACAUGGUGAAGAGGAAGCUGGCUGCUCACGACAACCUGAAGAUAACCAUCGAACAGAAUGGAGACUCUUUUCAUGUCAAGGAGAGCAGCAAUUUCCGCACCCUGGAAAUAGAUUUCACCCUGGGAGUCACCUUUGAAUACAGCCUUGCUGAUGGAACAGAACUAUCGGGCUCGUGGAAGCUGGAGGGAGACGUGAUGACGGGGACUUUCAGCAGGAAGGACAACGGAAAUCAACUGAUAACAACCAGGAUCGUACAAGGAGAUGAACUUAUACAGAGCUACAACUAUGAAGGUGUGGACGCUAAGAGGAUUUUCAAGAGGGCUUAGACCAAACUGAUCACGAGUAAUAUGUUUGCCUUCUGCAUUACAUACAUUAUUGUGUUGAAUCAUCAACUACUUAUACCAGUAUAUAACCUUUAAAAGGUGCACUACUUGUAAUGCCUGUACAGCGUAUGAAACAGGUGUGAAUUGCACAAGAUUUUGAUACUUGUAGUAAUAAAGCCAUUCUAUAACUGCC